CCUUGGUCCGCGCUUUGCUUCUGUCAUCACACACACAUAUCCAAUGCCGGCAAUGGCUACUUCCAACUCUGCACCAUUUUUAUACAAUUUAGAAAGCACAUAAGUCUUCUAUGUUCCUGGCUUCUACUGAUUUCUUCUUCUUCUUCUUCUUCUUCUCUUUAGAAAUUAUUGUCUAGUUUCCUCCAAGAACCUGGCUUUGAAUUAACAUGAUAUCUUAUUAUUAGUCCUGUUUUCAUUGAUCAAAAUCAAAGCUAAAGUCAAAAGCUUCUUGUCAAGUAAUUUGAAUUGUUCAACAGUGCAACUUCAACAUAUAUAGCAUCUUCAUAUACAGUGCUUCACCUUCAUCAUUCAUCUGUUUAUUUGCCAGCACGUGCGCCACGACACCCUCGCCGGAGGUGGGGUGUGAGUGGAAAUCUUGUGAAGGAUCAGAGUAUAAUAAAAAGAUAUGGCAGGAAACUUCAGAUUCACAAUGGACCAAAAGGAUAUUGUUAGAAUCUUGACAACAACCAUCGAUAGUUUCAUUCAGGAUCGAUUAAUCGACAAAGAACUAAGAGCUCAGCACAAAGAACAGUGUGCAGAGAGGUUAGCAGCUGAAGAUGGAAGUUCUGAAAAAGACACUGAGGUAGAGUACUCUGAUCAAGCAGUGUUAGCAAAUCUUGAUUGGGGUAUCGAGGCGCUUGAAGAAGCUAUCAAUACCUAUAACACGGAAACUAAGCUUGCGAGACUCGAUUAUGCUGAGAAGAUGCUGCAAGUUUGUGCAAUGCUGAAUCCUAAGCAAAAGACUGCUGGAGUGCCAAACUUCUACCUUUCAGCUUGGGCACAUUUGAACCUAUCAUACCUAUGGAAGUUGAGGAACAACAUUCAGAAUUGUGUUCUUCAUGCCAUUGACAUGUUCAUCGUUGAUCCUUUUUUCGCUCGGAUUGACUUUGCUCCAGAACUCUGGAAAACUCUGUUCCUUCCACACAUGAGCUCUAUUGUAGGGUGGUAUUCAGAGGAGAGGCACAAACUUAUGAUGGAAGUAAUACCUGAAACUUCUGAUUUUUCAGUCACAGCUGAUUUUGAUCAACUUUUCAAUGAAUCCUUGGUAUUCUCUCUAAGGCCAAAUCAGUUAGAUAAGUUGCAAAAACUGGAGCAGCUUUAUGGAGAGUCUUUGGACGAGAACACGCGGCUAUAUGCAAAGUACUAUAAGGACUGCAUGAACUCUGAUUCCACUACCUCAGGCAAGAAGGUUGUUCCCAUGUUGCCAAUUGCUGAGCCGCCAAUGACUCCUUUGCAUGAGUUGAGCAGGUCGGUUCCAGAUUAUGUGAAAUUCGGUCCGAUUUUGCCUAAGAGUGCUGGCUUUUCUUUGAUGUCAAUGCCAAAAGAUGGUGUAAAUGAAAAAACCAGAGAUAAACCAUCGAGCCAUUCCAAGGUGGAAAAUUCAUCUAUAUGGGGUACUAAGGAGAGCAUCAUUGAAGAGAAUGAAAAUGAAAAUGAAAAUGAAGAAGAUUCAGAUUCUGAUCUUGAUGAUGCAUCUGUGGGUUCUCCCAACAAAAAUAAUGUUUUCUCACCUGAAAGGAAGGCGAUCAAGGACAAUAACAUUGAGCCAAAAGUGCAUCUAUCAAACCAAAGGAGUAAAAUAUACUCUCCUAGUAUCUCCUCUCCCUUAGACUCUCCAAGAACUCCUCAAGACUAUUCUUCAUCAAAUCCUCAUAUGCGCAGCAAAAGAGAGCCGAAGUACUUGCGCUUAUUGUCUAGUCGUUUAAGGGAUUCGAUCAUUUCUGACUCUUUAACAUCAUCACCAGACCUGAGCACUGAUCACAUUAUGAACUCUGAUCAUGAAAUGAUGGUGAACAUUAAGAAGAAAGACUAUAAUCGAAUUCCAUGUAUGAGUUAUGAAAAUGAGGAUAGCCUGGUGCUAAAUGACAGUUCUUUUUGUGAAAGUGAUGAGGGAUAUCAUGGCUGCAUUUCAUUGCCCAAAUUAGAGAAGCAGACUACCGGAUCAAAGCCGCCAAAAGAUUUUGUAUGUCCAAUCACAGGUCAGAUAUUUUGUGAUCCUGUUACCCUUGAAACAGGCCAGACCUAUGAAAGAAAAGCUAUUCAGGAGUGGCUUAAAACAGGAAACACAACAUGCCCCAUCACGCGACAGCCUCUAUCCGCAAGCAUGUUACCCAAAACAAACUAUGUUUUGAAGAGAUUGAUAACAUCCUGGAAGGAACAACAUCCUGAACUAGCUCAGGAGUUCUCAAAUUCUAACACAAACACACCAAGGGGUUCUUCUUGUUCUCCAUUGGUGAAAGACAACUCAAUGCUGUCCAUUUUACAAAGAACACCCGACUCAAUGAGUCAUAAGAACAAAGAGGAUUAUAUCAUACAAAGGAGCAAAAGAUUUAUACAGGUUGCUGCAACAUCUCCAACUAGUGUGCUAUCUCAAGCUGCAGUUGAAACAAUCAUGAAUUCCAUGAAACCAUACAUUUCAAGUCUCUGCACAUCAGAAAACUUACAAGAAUGUGAAGAAGCUGUAUUGGAAAUUGCUAGAUCAUGGAAGGAUGCAAAGAGUGAUCCUCAGAUUCAUUCUUAUUUAUCAAAACCAACUGUCAUAAACGGUUUAAUGGAAAUACUUUCAGCUUCUCUGAAUGGAGAAGUUCUGAGGACAACAAUUUACAUCCUUACAGAACUAAUUUUUCUUGACGAAAGUGUUGGAGAGACACUUAACAGUGUAGAUUCUGAUUUUGAUUGUUUGGCUGCUCUGCUCAAGAAUGGUUUGGCCGAGGCAGCACUUCUGAUUUAUCAGCUAAGACCAGUUUUUGCUCAGCUAUCAGCCCAUGAGCUUAUACCAUCUCUAGUCCAAGUAAUUCAGAACAAAAAUGAGUUGGAUGAUCUUCAAUUAGUUAUGGACCCGAAAGAUGCCGCCAUAGCAAUUCUUGAACAAAUAUUAGCCGGAGGGGAUGAAUACAGCAGGUCUCUUAAUGCUUUGAGUGUUAUUUCAGCAAAUGGAAUUCCGGCAUUGGUAAAAUAUUUAGAGAGGAUGGAGGUAAGGACGUCUGUUGUUUCCAUACUUUUGUGUUGUAUGCAAGCUGAAAGAAGUUGCAAGAACUUGAUAGCAAGUCGAGUCGAAUUGUCUCCUGUUCUUGAAUUAUUUCAUGGUGGAAAUGAUAGUGUGAAAGGCGUCUGCGCAGAAUUUCUCUCUGAGCUGGUUCAAUUGAAUAGGAGAACUUUCUGCAACCAAAUCUUACAGAUAAUCAAGGAUGAAGGAGCAUUUAGUACAAUGCAUACAUUUCUUGUAUAUCUUCAGAUGGCUCCAAUGGAGCAUCAGCUUGCUGUUGCCAGUCUUCUUCUCCAGCUUGAUCUUCUGGUGGAGCCACGAAAGAUGAGCAUUUAUAGGGAAGAAGCUGUAGAGACACUAAUUGAAGCACUUUGGCAAAAAGACUUCUCAAAUACUCAAAUUAAGGCUUUAGAUGCUUUACUAUAUCUUAUUGGACACGUCACUUCCUCAGGAAAGUCAUAUACUGAAGCCUGGUUGCUCAAGAUUGCAGGAUUCGAUCAGCCUUACAACGCUUUAAUGAAGGCCGAACAAUUGGGACAACGUGACAAUGAUUUGGUGGAAACAAUGGAGGAUGAGAAAAAUGCAUUGAACUCUUGGCAGAAAAGGGUUGCAUUUGUACUUUGUAACCAUGAAAAUGGUUCAAUAUUUAAAGCAUUGGAAGAAUGCUUAAGGAGUACUUCCCUAGAGAUGGCAAAAUCUUGCCUUGUUCUGGCCACAUGGCUUACACACAUGCUCUCUACGCUUCCUGACACCGGUAUAAAGGACGUUGCUCGUGAGUCAUUGCUUGACGAAUUCAUAAAUGUUCUGCUGUCAUCAAAGAACAUGGAGGAAAAGAUUCUUGCUAACCUAGCUUUGAAUACUUUCAUUAGUGAUCCAAUUGCUCAUGAAGCACUUGGAGGCUAUGCUAAAAGCAUUUAUAGGACCUUGAGGAAGCUAAAGAAACAUUCAGCUGCAGCAGUUGAUAUUAUGAGAACCUUACUAAACUUAAAAUCUGUUGAUGUGACUGAGUUGUGGAGUUGUAAAGAGGUUGUUGAGUUAGAUUUGAGCUCAAACGGAGAAGUGCUUUCUUUGCUUUAUCUGAAUGGUCAGGUCUUGAGUGGACACUCUGAUGGAACUAUCAAGGUAUGGGAUGCAAGGAAGAGAAUACCAAGAAUCAUUCAAGAAACUCGCGAGCACACAAAAGCUGUAACUUCUCUGUGUUCUUCAGGUGAUAGACUCUACAGUGGUUCCUUAGACAAAACCAUCCGGGUUUGGACUAUCAAAGGCAAUGAGAUUAUAUGUAUAGAUGUUCACGAUGUGAAGGAGGCAGUGUAUGAGUUAACAGCAAAUGCUAGAUUGGCAUGCUAUGUGUCUCAAGGAACUGGAGCCAAGGUUUAUAAUUGGUCAGAGGCUCCAAAGCAUAUCAAUUUCAGCAAGUAUGUGAAAUGCCUUGCUGUUGCCGGCGACAAAUUGUAUUGUGGCUGCUCCGGUUACAGCAUUCAGGAGGUUGACUUGUCCAAACAUACAUCAUAUUCAUUCUUCUCUGGUACAAGAAAAUUGUUGGGAAAACAAACCAUACACUCCCUUCAAAUUCAUGAUGGUUUCCUCUAUGCCUGUGGAUCUUCUGUUGAUGCAACUGCAGGAAAGAUAUUUUCACUCUCCACCAAAAUGGUAGUAGGAUCACUAUCGACUGGACUCGACAUCCAUCGUGUAGCCAUCAACAAUGACUUCAUAUUUGCAGGUACGAAGUUCGGCACCAUUGAGGUUUGGCUGAAAGAUAAGUUCACCCGGGUUGCUUCCAUCAAAAUGGCUGCUGGUAACACAAAAAUCACAUCAUUAGUAUCAGAUGCGGAUGGUAUGAUGCUUUUUGUUGGUUCCUCUGAUGGAAAGAUCCAGGUUUGGGCCUUGGAUUAAGCACAAGAAACAAAAAGUAUAAUAAUCCUUUUGCCACAUGUUAAUGGAGCAUGUGCAGAUUGAGCUAUAUAGUAUGUGGGAGAAAACAUCAAAUUCCAACUAUGAAGUGAGACCAAGACAAUUUUGAAGUGAAACUUUGAUACAAGAUCUAUGUUUGGUCCAUCACAACUGUGUUUGAUUCACAAAUGAGCAAUUCUUAUUAUGAAAAUUCCUUAAUCAACCACAAUACUAUAUUGGGGGCCAAAUAGAGCAUAUUCUUAUACCAUAAAAGUUAACAUCAUUAUUAUUGCAUUUUGAACCUUGUAAGUAUGAUAAUUAAUAAUUUAACACUGAAUUUUCGCCCCAUUA